AGGUACGGCAUGGUGAGCUGUAAAAUGGACGAGUUUUUCCAAGAUUGGUUGUCGACACCGCAAGCAACGAAACUUGUGAAGAGGCUGAUUGCUCUGGCGAAUAAUGAUGAUGCUACUCUUGCAGCCCUGGCGAGUUCUCCUCAUAAUACGCCUUCUUCUGGCACGGCAAUUCCGGCGACUUGUCGAUCGCCUAGUGCGGGUCUGGGAUUGUCGCCAUCGCACAGUCCGGGAGGGACCAACGGCUCGUGGGAAGAGGAGUUGCUGUCGGCGCCUCCACCGUACUUCACGCUGAAGGAUGCGAGUCCGCAGGCUAGCGCAGUUAUCACGCCGAAAUCACCGGGAAGGAGGGCAUCGGAUGCUGAUCAAGCUCAGACUGUUGUGGAAAAACAACAGAAGGUUAUCUCGCCGAGCAAUCGGUCGAGUCCUAAGUCUGGGGCUUCUGGUCAGCUCACUGUGACGGGCUCAGAGUCGGGGGCGACGCCGAAGAAAGCGAUGAUGACGAGUAUAGAAGGGGCGCCUUCUUUGAUUGGUCGAGGGGCGGAAAUUAUUCCGCGAUUUUUCGUACCGGUUAAGUCGCGGCGCGCGACGGAUCCUUUGACUACGCGAGAAAAAGAAGUUAUCAAUGAGCUCUUUCAAGAACUGGGAGGUCCAAUCGAUCCAAUGGACGAGGAUUGCUUCUCUAUAUGGCAGACUUUCUGCAGCGAACAGCUGUGCGUCUCGAUGUAUUUUGCUGAUCCUAUUUUGCGUCGGAUACGUUCAUUUAAUGGUGCCGAUGAAAGUGCUGCUGUGACGAAAGAGAUGUUCAUGAAAUAUUGGCGAGGCCUCGGCCUUGAGCUGGGAAAAGCGUACGAGAACUUCUUUAAUAUAGUCCGUAAAGACACCAGCGAUUGCAUCGUUAAAAACGACUUCCGAGAGUUCGUUUGGGUUUUGCUGGACACUCAUCCCGGGUUGGAGUUCCUACAGGAUACGCCUGAGUUCCAAGACCGGUACACUGACACGAGAUCUCGACCGUCUCUUGUGGACACUUGGCUGGAGCUCGAUCAGUGCGAGGACAUCAACAAAAUUCGGGCGGAUGCCUUGUUCUGA